UUCAAUUAUAUAAACCCUAAUUUCAAAAUCGAACCUUUGCCCCGAUCAGUUUCCGACCUUUUUUGCUGCCAAUUAUUUCUAUUCGCUUUAUAUAUUUGAUACAACCACGUUGUAAUUUUACUAUAUUUAUUUAUUCAUGUGUUGUUUUGAGCCAUGAUUUCUUCUUCUCGCGUAGCUUUCUCACUGGUAAUUCUAUCUGCUGCAAUUGCUGUUUUCUCUAAAUUACCAAAAAACCCUCUUCCCAAGAAAAAGAAGCCAUCUUCGCAAUGCAUCGUCAAAGAAGAGCCAUCUUCUCAAUGCAUCGUCAAAGAAGAGCAAUCUUCGCAAUGCAUCGUCAAAAAAGAACCAUCUUCCCAAUGUUCUGUAGAGAACAAGGACAUGAUUAGUGAACUACCAGACGAUAUUUUGAUUUUGAUUAUCUCAUAUAUGCCUGUAAAAUGUGGUAUUAGGACAAGCAUUUUGUCGAACAGGUGGAAGAAUCUUUACAGAUAUUUGUCCAAUGUCAAGCUCAACUGUGGCGACCUUUUGAGUCGCCACCUUCUAGAAGCACGUUCCGAUCACAACUCUAGUUUAAUAGUUUAUUCGCUAAAUAGGUUCUUGAAGCUUCGAUCCGGUUCCGAGAUCCUUUCAUUCCGUUUAUCUUGUUGUUUGUCACGUUACCAGUUCAUCGAUUUAAUUUCCUCUUUAGGAGGAUUAGGCGUUCGGACACUCGAUCUAAUCUGUUUGUCUCAUUGCAGUACAAACACUUGUUUUUUCCCUUUCGAGUUUCUUUCGGAAAUACCCUCUUUGAGAUAUUUCAGAUUGAGCUCUUGCAUUUUGCAGCAGCCAACCUUGGAAAGCGAAUUCCGAUUCAAUUCCAUCCAAAUUCUUUCGCUUUCUUAUGUUGUGGUAUGUGAUGGUGCUGUGGAGUUCAUUUUGUCCAAUUGUUUGAGUCUGCACUCGUUGAGAAUCGUUAAUUGCGAUUGUCCUUCGAAGCUGUGCUUUAGUGGGCCCGGUCUACGGUUGAAGUCUCUCUAUAUCUUCGGUUGUGGAGAUUUAGAGGAGAUAGAGUUCUAUGCAGACAAUCUCGUCUUGUUCGAGUUUUUCAAUCAUGUGCUUGUUAACUUUGUUUUCAAGCACGCCCCUCGACUGGAGAGUGUAUUUCUUGAUGUGUUUAAUGAAAAUGUUACGCCUUUUGUCUUUGGGAAACUCGCAAAAGAUUUGCCGAACCUGAAAUCAUUGACUUUUACUAAAGAUCAUUAUUUUAAGGGGAGCAUCGAAUCUAUGGAGACUGACAUGUUCAGCAAACUUAGGCGACUAAAUCUCAGCCUAAUUUCCGGACCAAGAAUUGAUCUUUUUACGCUGAUUCCAUUUCUGAAAAAUUGUCCCCUCCUCGAGGAAUUUAUCUUGAAUAUCAACUUUCUGGAAAAUGAAGGACCAGAAGAGAAAAUGCAGGCUGUGACAUUACAUUCGGAGCUGAAGAAAGUGGAAAUCAGUGGAUUUGUUGGGGCGGAAAAUGAAAUUGAAUUUGCGUUGUAUAUCCUCAAAAGUGCAGUUGGCUUAGAGAAAUUGGUGAUAAGUAAAUGCUUAAGUAUAUACAUGGGAACUAUCAAUUGCAGGACCCGAUCGGAAAACCGAUGGAGUGAAGAAACGCAUGAAAUGAUUUGCCGAAGAUUAAAAGGACAAGCUAUUUCCGAGACUGCGCAAGUCAUUACUCAAUAUGCUGCGCAUUUUCAAGAUAAGUGGGUAGUAGAAGAUGAUGUUAAGGUUUUUCUUUGAUUCUAUAUUAUUAUUAUUAUUAUUAUUAUUAUUAGUAAACACAAUUUUUGUUUUAUUUCUGGUUCUGUUCUAAUUGGCUGUGCUGAAUAAUGAAGAAGAUGUCGGUAUUUUCACUAUCAAAGUGGCAUCCGAUCCAAGAACA